AUGCUGUCUCUGGCUGUGCUCUACCUCCUGGCUGCAAGAUGGACGCAUGCGCUACCUCUCUAUCCCGACUCCAACCUGGAGACACAGCCAGAUUUCCUUCAGAAGCUGGCGUCGGAAGACGCCUCCUACAAUACAGACGGGGAACAGAGGGAGGCGAAUCACGUGUAUCCUCUCCUGAUGCAGCAAAAUGGGCAAAGAGAAUCCUGGAGUAACGGGCCCAGGGAUUCAGCUCAACAGGACAACUAUGCAAACAUGAUUGAGGGUCUCAAGGCGGCGGUUCUGAAGCUGGCCGCGGCCGACAAGCUUCGCUCUCAAGCUUUCGUCAGGUCAGAGCAGGUCUUGCCCAAAACCAACAAAAGAGCGUGUUUCUGGAAAUACUGCGUGACCAAUUAG